CUGCCUAUACACCAGUAAAUUGACUUCUGGUAAAUAUACUUUUUUUUACCAUAUAAUUAAGGUUUCAUUGCUGGCAAACAGCAAACAGCCCAGGUUCUAACCAUUAUAUCUGUCAGUAUGGCAAGGGCUUUGGCUUUGGUUUAUACUUGUGUGAUCUGGCAUGCAAUUCUACCAUUAACAAAAUCAACGGAUUGGUAUUACGGUGAAACAGAUGACGAAGUUGACCCUGAUGAUCCAGAUUUUGAUGAUGAAGAUGAAGUCCAAAAUUCAACCAACAAUGACUGGUUAUUUGAUGAUUCUGAGGAAGAAGAUCCUUGUUUAACAAAUCCUUGUGACAAUGGGGGUACCUGUGAAACGAAAGGCCAAACAUUUGUGUGCCAUUGUCAUCCAUUUUAUGCAGGAAGGACGUGUCAAAUAAUAAACAAUCCCUGUCGGAGGAGUACAUGCAAGCAUGGAGAGUGUGUUCUAACCUUUAAUCCACCAUACUACAAGUGCAAGUGCAACUAUCCAUUCAAACCACCAGACUGUAAAAAACCAAUUCACACCUGUUCAAGAAAUCCUUGUAAAAAUGGUGGAACUUGUAGAAGGGGCCUGACAAGAAGAUCUUUUGUUUGCAUCUGUCCAAAAUCCUUCAGAGGUCGAUAUUGUGAAACAGAUUCUAAUGACUGUUAUGAGGGAAAUGGUGAAGAUUACAGAGGCAAUGUUGCUGUAACACAACAGGGGAAGGAGUGUUUAUACUGGAGCUCACACUUGCUUCUAAAGAAACACAUCAAUAUAUUUCAGCCUCAAGCUGAAGAAACUGGCAUUGGAGAUCACAGAUUUUGCAGAAAUCCAGAUGAUGACGAUAAGCCUUGGUGCUUUUUUAAAGAACCAAAUGGAAAACUGAAAUGGGACUUUUGUGCAAUCUCUCAAUGUGACCCUGGAACCACUGCAGCACCUGAACCAGAGGCUGAGCCAACAUCUAUGAUCCCGACUUCUUUUGAAAGUUGUGGAAAAGUAGGAUUGAGAAGAAAUUUAAGCCGCAUCUAUGGUGGGCAGAAGACAGCUCGUGGCAGGCACCCUUGGCAGGCAUCUGUGCAACUAAAAAUUGCACUAAGUAUUUAUGAUGCAGGACACCAAUGUGGAGGAACCUUAAUUGCGCCCUGUUGGGUUCUUACUGCAGCUCACUGCUUAGAAGCAAGCACUCAAGCCAAGCACUAUCAGGUACUACUUGGGAAACACAAUAUAGAUCAAACAGAACUAAAUGAACAAAAGUUCAACGUUGAGCAAAUAAUUGUGCAUCCAAACUAUGAAGAAACUGAAAAUGCCUUGUACAGUGACAUUGCCUUAAUGAAAUUACAAAGAGUUGGAGGAGAGUGCAGCAAGGAAACAAAAUAUGUCCGAGCAGCAUGUUUGCCAGAUGUUGAGUUACCUCUCAACUCAGAAUGCUAUAUUUCAGGAUGGGGUGUAACUAAAGCAGGGAACGGAUCAAAAUAUUUAUUGGAUGCAUCUGUGAAACUAAUCUCUCAACGAAUUUGCAAUAGACCAACAUCUUAUGAUGGUGUCAUUGAUAACACCAUGAUCUGUGCAGGAAAUCUAGAAGGAGGAGUAGAUAGUUGCCAGGGUGAUUCUGGAGGACCACUGACUUGUGUGAAAGAUGGACUUUACCAGAUCUAUGGCGUAGUGAGCUGGGGAGAUCGCUGUGGGGUGAAAAAUAAACCAGGUGUUUAUGCCCGUGUCAUCAACUUCCUCAGCUGGAUUCAAGGAAUAAUAUACUAAUGACUAAUUUUACAAUGUGAAACUUAAGUUCAACGUGCUUAACAUUCAUCCACACAAUUCAGAGGAAGGACUUAUAUAAUUCUCAAGUAAAAUGUCUACAGGUUGUGUUACUUAACCUGGAUUUUAAUUGUUUAAAACUUACUAUUGCUUAAGUACAUUAAAUGCAUUGUAUAUCUCACAAAACAUUGUUCAUAAGCAGGGAGGUAUGACAUAAAAGCAUCUCAGUAGGUAAUUGGUGAUAAUAAUUCAAAAGUGAAAAUAAUAAAACCUCCCACUUACAUAAGACAGAGGAUGAGAUAAAAGAAAAAUGUACACUUUACUCCAUGCUAAUUUUGAAAGGGCAAAGAAGUUGGUUGUUAUAUUUUUAAUAAACUGAAGUGCAUUAA